CAUCACAGAGAUCUAUACGUUUGUCAUUGCCGGUUCCUCGGUGCAUCAAAGCAACGAAUGACUUCUUGCUUACCAACCAAAAUGACGACUGUAGGUUAUAUUAACGCCUCCAACUUCGGUCUGAACACCACUCCCAAUACUGCAGUGCAGUAAGAAGCACUAGACAUCACCAGACAUCCGAGUCAGCGAUAGCGCAGCAUUAUCGGUGUUCAGGCUUUUCUUCAACCAGACAAAAUUCAACCAUGACUGAGUCGACGGAUCAAGACGUGAAUGGUUUCCACUAUUUCCGGACGCAAGUCUACGCAAAUCUAUCGGGAGGAGAGAAGCUUUCUCAGGUUUACGAUAAUUGGGCGGAAUACUAUACAAAGCAAACUGGCAGUGUGGGCUACAGCGGUCCGGCCAACCUGGCCGCCCUGGCGUCUGACGUCAUCAGAGAUAAAUCCUCCAGGAUCCUUGAUGCUGCAUCUGGAACAGGAAUGGUCGGCGAGGAGCUCAAGAGGCGUGGCUUCACCAACAUCGACGCCCUCGAUCCCUCCCAAGGUUCUCUUGAUAAAAGUAAAGAGCAUCAGUCUUACACCGAGUACAUAUGUGACACGUUGGAUGAGCAUCAGACCACCGUUCCAGACAGUCACUAUGAUGCCGUUGUAAUGUGCGGAGCCUUUGGUAUUCCUGGCCACGUGAGCGACGCCUGUUUCCCAGAACUCAUCCGAAUUACGAAACCAGGUGGUCACAUCAUGAUCACAAUGAGUACCAAGGUGUCGGAGGACUGGAACGACAAGUUAGAAGCGGCAAUUCAGUCACACGUCCAGCAAGGAUCGUGGGAAGUUGUAGAUGACCGUUGGAUCACGUACCAUGAACACGAUACCAUCAAUGAAAAAGCAAAAGUGCCGAUUCUCAGAGUCGUAAAAAAGUAGCCGACAAAGCGAUGCCGCACAAUAAAAAAAAAACAAUGAUAAGGCCAAAAAAAAUUAAAAAUCGGUCUCUGGUCAGACCGAAGUUUCGGAAUUGAUGCGGCGACUCGUUUUUUUUGGGGGGGGGGGGGUGUUUUUUUAAUUUUUUCAAGCUUGAAUUGUACAGACAAGAUGGGUACUAUUUUGCUUUUUUGUGCCCUCAUUAUACAUUGGUGUUCUCCAUAAUUUGCCUUGGUGCCCUUUAUCAUUUGCCUUGGUGCAAUUUCUCCAUUCCUUGGUGCUCCUUGGUACAAAAAUGUGAGGAGUUGCGGCAAUAGAGGGCGCUGUUGAAGCUUCCGUGUUAAUUUGACGGAAAAAAAGGUUGACGCGCAUGAUUAAAAUCGACGCGCGCGCUGUGCAGAGACCGGAGUAUUUUUUUUUUGGCCUAAGUUUUAUAAUAACUAUCAAAGUGACUUAAUGUCACUUGUGUAAUGUGACGAAUUUAAUGUCCUGAUUGUCUAUCAUUUGAAUAACCACAAAAUGUUUUGGAUGCAAGGUGAACUAUCACUGCUUGUUUGAUUCUUGCAUAGUUUUUGUGUUUAGCACUUUGCGAUUUAACCGUAAGAUGGAUUUUAGGUAUAAAGCACAUUUUUAUUUAGGCCAUCAGCCUCGGUCCAAAAUUUUGGCCACCGGUAUCAAAUGAGGGGAAUAAUCGUCAUAGCGUUUUUUGGCAAGGUAUACACCUCCAGAGUUGGAAAAUAUCUGAUAGCAUUGCAGCGGUGGCAGCCUUUUGGGUGUUAUCACUUUUUUUUUUUUAAUAUAAUGUAUCCAUCAAAAUGUUGUUACCACUCAAUGGGCGGUAUACCUUGCGCAUGCGCACUAUAAUCAUUUUUGCUAAGCAUGACUUUAAAAUGAAGUGGUCUAAGAUUUUUAAUGGAGAGCAAUAACAUAACUGUACUUGAAGUGCGCCCUCUUUUAUGAAGUUUCAGAAAAUGUACUUAACCCUAACCCCCUAGGCGUUUUUGCUAGGAUAGGAACCAUCCUCAAUCCUCCAAAAUUUUACAACAGCGCCUAAAUUCUUCAAAAUUUCAGACAUUCCUGCCUCAAAAUGCAUUCGUCCUCAAUCCUCCAAAACCCUCCUCAUCCAAAAAUGUUGCACUUAUGUUCAAAUGAAGGGUACCCAGCCCCUCAAUCCUUCAAAGUCGUCAGACAGUCCUGCCUCAAAAUGCCAUUCAGCCUCAAUCCUCCAAAGUCCUUUUCUGAAAAAAAUACCAUUCAGCCUCAAUCCUCCAAAAUGCUGAUCUAAAAAAUACCAUUCAGCCUCAAUCCUCCAAAAUUCUCCAAAACCACAAGGAAGAUUUUGGAGGAUUGAGGAUGGUUAGGGUUAAUGAAGAAUCUUACAGGUUAAGGGCAAUAUGACGUUCUGGAACGAAGUUGGUUUCCAAAAUUCAUAUCUAACCCCUUACCCCAGGGCCUUUUUUGCUAGGAACCAUCCUCCAUCCUCCAAAUGUUGCACUUGUGUUCAAAUUAACCAAUACUGAAUACCCAUGUGUCCUCCAUCCUCCAAAAGUUUACGUUACAUUCAUCAUCAAUCCUCCAGAAUCCUCCAAAACUGCACGGAGGACUUUGGAGGAUUGAGGAGGAUUAGGAUUAAGCUUCUUAUUUGAAUCUGAAGAUUGUUAUCCCUUCACUAGUGUCUGGACAUCUUUUACAGAUCAGUUUCUAAAGAGGAGUCGAGAUGCUGUGGGUGAGGUUUUCCUCUUAACAUACAAGAACAAAUCAAUAUGCAAUCUGCAAAAAAAGUGAUAAGUCUUAAACAACUGCACACGUAUUUAUUGCACAGUACAUCAUCAUGUAAUGUACCUACUUUUGUUUAAUUCAGGUUGUAGCAUUGCCAUGGCUAUGUAGUUUGACCAAAUAAAUAAAACCUGUAAUUAACUGUAAUUAAAUCAA